CUCCGUGAAUUCUCUCCGAGCUGGCACCCCAGCACCAUGGGACCUUGGCUGGCUUGUGGGCAGCAAGAGAUCCAAUCCUAAAUACUGGACUUCGGACCCCCUAGGAGGCAUGGCUGAGGCUCCGAGGGAGGGAAAACUGACCCGGUUCCUGGACUUCACGCAGCUGAUCGACCUGGCGUCCGAGUCUGUGGGAGGCAAGGUUUUAUUUGCAACAGAUGACUUUUUUGCUCCUGCAGAGAACCUCAUAAAGAGCGAUGGCCCAAGUUUUAAAGAACACGAAUAUACCGAGUUUGGGAAAUGGAUGGACGGAUGGGAGACCAGGAGGAAAAGGACACCAGGUCACGACUGGUGCGUCAUCAGACUGGGGAUACCAGGAAUCAUCCGGGGCUUCGACGUGGACCUUUCUUACUUCGAGGGAAGUCACGCUCCUCGAAUGUCGAUCCAAGCAGCAAACGUGGAAGAAGAUCAACUACCGAAGAUCCCAGAACGAGGAGGAGUCAGGACCGGAGCCUCGGCCACGCCCGAGGAGUUGGACGCCAUUGCCGAGCUAAAAUCCAACGGCUGGAAUUACUUGGUCCCCAUGACAGAGCUUAAGCCAGGAAAACCUGCUGAGAGCCACAACUAUUUUCUCGUCAAUUCUCCGCAGAGGUGGACUCACAUCAGACUCAACAUUUUCCCAGACGGCGGAAUUGCACGACUUAGAGCGUACGGCACUGGACAAAAAGACUGGACUGCAACUGACCCCAAAGACCCGGAAGACCUAGCGGCCAUUGCUUACGGGGGUGUCUGUGUAGGGUUUAGCAACGCACACUUUGGGCACCCGAACAAUAUGAUCGGAGUCGGUGAGGCAAAGUCUAUGGCAGACGGUUGGCGAACUGCAAGAAGGCUGGACAGGCCACCGAUAUUAGAAAGUGAUGACAGUGGCACGCUCCUGGUUCCGGGCUCUGAGUGGGCGGUUUUCCGGUUGGCACACCCUGGAGUGAUAACGCAUAUUGAAAUCGAUACCCGAUAUUUUAAAGGCAAUUCUCCCGACAGCUGUAAAGUGGACGGGUGUAUCCUGACAACCCAGGAAGAGGAGGAUAUGGUCAAGCACAAGUGGCUGCUUCCAGCCCACAAGUGGAAAGCCCUGCUGCCGGUCACCAAGCUCUCCCCCAACCAAAGUCACCUGUUCGACAGCCUGACCGUAGAGCUCCAAGACGUGAUCACGCACGCGAGGCUCACCAUCUUCCCGGACGGGGGCGUGAGCCGCCUGCGGCUCAAGGGCUUCCCCAGCUCCAUCUGCCUCCUGCGGCACCGCGAGAAGCCCCAGAUGCGCUUCUCCGUGAAAUCCGGCUUCAGAGCGAACCUCUAACCACACGCAGAGCGGUGUGGCGGCUGCGCGGCGGUAACCACUCGGUCACGGCCAAGUGUUUGAACACGGGUGCCUCCUGGCGAUUCAAUAAAGUGGUCUUCUCACUAA